CCGUGUAAGGUGUAAGUUCUCAGGAGCGUUUGCCGCGUUUUUGUCUGGGAUAUUACAAUAUAACCUCUUCUCCGAGGAGAUAGCAAAUAAAAGACAAAAAGAAGUUUCAUAUACAUUUUUUUGUAACUACGAGUAUUGUGGGAUCUUCGUAACAAAGCAAAAGCAAAUCAGUAAAGGUCGGCCAUUGUCCAUUUCGAGAGAGUCUUUCUCGUUAUCCGAUCACUAAAGAUCGAAAAUCUCAUUGCUGGCGUUCGUGGUCACAUUUAUCGACAAGACCUAAAUUAAGGCAAUCAAAGAAGUCGUUGAAUCGUCGUUAUAUUUCUAGUACGAUGGAUUCAAGAGAAGCAACAUUCGCAGAGUUAGAACCUGUAUUGUUCCGCAGAGAAGAAAUAUUUUUAGAUGAACAACACCGUACUAGAUUUGAGUGGUUAUUGAAAGAUUGGACCCUACUUUACAACACCUAUGCACAAGGAGUAUCGUCUAAUUUUUUCUGGCUCCAAGGUCUAGAUGAGUGCCGUUGCCAAAUCACGUUUAGUCCGAAGAACCAGGAAAAUUUUUUUGUUAUUAAAUUUUCAAAUACAGACAAUAUUCAAACAAUGAGAAUUGUCAGCCAUAUGAAUGGUGAACGUUUACUUGACUGUUGUUAUUCACGACCAGUUCCAACAAUUGUCCGGCGUCUAGGAAUGGAUGUAAAAUUUGAAAAAUCUCACCUGCAUGAUUUUCUAAGAGUCGAUUCCCCUAACCGAGAUGAUAAGUCACUAAAAUUUGAAGUAUGUAUUUACAUCACGAAAACUCUUGAAUUUGAGGGUCUGUUGUCUGAAAUAUCACCAUCCAGCAUUGUCAACUUGACAGAAAUGUUUGAAAGGAAGACACUUGGUGAUUUAACUUUUGUAUUCGACGAUGAAGAAUUCCCUGCCCCCAAAGCUUACCCCGCAGUACGAAGCAAAGUUUUCGAAGCAAUGUUUUUAAACAAAAUGAAAGAGAAAGAUGCAAGCAGAGUCCGAAUUAUCGAUACAAAAGCUGAGAUCUUUAAGAAAUUUCUCAAGUUUUUGUACACCGGGGAAUUGAAUGAUUUCAACAAUAAGAUUGAAGACAUGCUCUUGUUAUCAGUAAAAUAUCAAGUUUGCGAGUUGAAAGAAAUGUGCGAAGAGUACAUGUUGGAAAAUGUUUAUGAAACAAAUGCUGUACAAUACCUUCUUAUUGCGAAUAAGUGUCAUUGCGCCGCAUUGAAAAAAAAAGCUCUCAACAUCCUUGAAAAUAGUUCACGUGCAUUGAAACAAGCAAUGAUGUGUGAAAACGAAGAGGCUUUAAUGAUUUUGAACGAGAUAUUAACCAAGGAAGGUUCCCCAAACAGGAGUGAAACCUAAGUGGAAAUUACGAAAUGAUUUUUUAUUCUUAUUUUAUAAUUGAAAACAAAAGAUAUCUUUCACAUUUAUAGUUAAUGCGUUGUUUGAUUCCGAACAUCAUCAGCUGUAAAUUUGGAAAAUAGGAGAUGGACGUACCUACGUUAUUUAGAAUCGUUACACAAAAUACAAGUACAAAAUCUAUAGGCUAAGUUGAAGCGUAAAUUAUUGUUAAU